CUGGCGCUAGUGUUGGUAUACAAAGGAGAGCCUGCACUUUAACAGUGUGCGCCUCGCCCUUUCUUCCCUCCUUCCCAGUCAAAAGCAGAGCCAUCACAGACAUUUUUCAGACCUGUAGCAACGUCUGACGAGAGCAACAUCCUGUCGCUGCUGAGCACGCUGGCUGACCGCGCUAGCCAGCUAGUCAAAGCCACACGCUUCCCGUUCGUCUCAGUGUAGAAGGGGAACUUUCAUUUUUGUGGUGUGCCGGUGGCUUUUAAACGAAAACUUGGUACUUUUAUUUAUUUUAUUUUUUUUCCUACUUUAUAUUUAAGGAUUGUGAUUUUCCGUUCAAGAACAUUUUACAUUGUUAACUUAGAAAAAAUACCUCCCGUAGUCUGAAGAUUUCAGAGGGAACCCCUCGAUUUUCAGCUUCGCUAAGGCAAGGCAAGUAAGUCCAGCUUCCAAGGACAAAAGAGUGAGCUCAGUGGAGACUGCCACUAAGGGGCGGUCAUCUGGCCAAAUAUUCCCUACUUCAUCUAAUACGGAGAAAAGCUUAUUCAAUUCCAUCAUGACCAAGGCAGAAAUGAGCAAGUUUAACAUCUCUCCAGAUGAAGACAGCAGUAGCUAUAGCUCCAACAGCAAUGAUUACAAUUAUUCAUAUCCAACCAAAGUACCUAAGAGGACUUGUAUAGAUGGGGAUCCGGAAAAUCAAAAUUUUCUGCCUGAAUCCAAUCUUGGAAAGAAAAAAUAUGAAAUUGAAUAUCAUCCAGGUACUACUUCCUUUGGAAUGUCAGCAUUUAAUCUGAGCAAUGUUAUUAUGGGUAGUGGCAUCCUUGGACUUUCUUAUGCCAUGGCAAACACUGGAAUUAUUCUCUUUGUGAUUCUCUUGGUGGUUGUGUCAAUAUUCUCUUUGUAUUCAGUUCAUCUCCUCCUAAAGACUGCCAAUGAAGGAGGGUCUGUAUUAUAUGAACAGCUAGGAAUGAAGGCUUUUGGAUUGCCUGGAAAAUUUGCAGCUUCUGGAUCAAUUACAAUGCAGAAUAUUGGAGCUAUGUCAAGCUAUCUCUACAUAGUGAAAUAUGAGUUGCCAUUGGUCAUCAAAGCAUUUAUGAACAUUGAAGACAACACAGGACAAUGGUAUCUUAAUGGUGACUGUCUGGUUGUUCUAGUGUCCAUAGUGCUCAUUCUUCCUUUGUCACUGCUGAAAAAUUUGGGAUAUUUAGGAUAUACAAGUGGUCUUUCCUUAAUGUGUAUGGUCUUCUUCCUUAUUGUUGUAAUUUGCAAGAAGUUUCAAAUCCCUUGUCCUCUGGAAUUGGAGUAUGACAUGGUGAACACAACUCUGAAUGGCACGUUGGCACACCUAGCAAAUGCUACACCUUUGAAUGGCACAUUGGCACACCUAGCAAAUGCUACACCUUUGAAUGGAACAGAACAAAACAUGACUAGUGAUGACAUGUGCAGGGCAAAAUAUUUUGUCUUCAACUCACAGACUGUUUAUGCUGUACCAAUCCUAACAUUUUCUUUUGUAUGCCAUCCUGCUAUUCUUCCUAUUUAUGAAGAACUGAAGGGCCGAAGCCGUAGAAGAAUGAUGAAUGUUUCCCAUGUUUCAUUUUGUUCCAUGUUUGUAAUGUAUCUGUUGGCUGCUCUCUUUGGAUACCUGACAUUUUAUGACAAUGUUGAAGCAGAAUUGCUUCAUACUUACUCUGCAGUCCUGGGUGCUGAUGUUAUUAUUCUGAUUGUGCGUCUGGCUGUACUUAUGGCUGUAACCCUUACUGUACCUGUAGUUAUCUUCCCAAUCCGGACUUCAAUUACACAGCUGUUUUGUGCAGAGAAGGAGUUCAGCUGGUUACGUCACUGUUUCAUUACACUCUUUGUUUUGGCAUUUACCAAUGUUCUCGUAAUCUUUGCCCCUUCCAUUCGUGAUAUAUUUGGAUUCAUUGGUGCCUCUGCUGCUGCCAUGCUGAUCUUUAUACUUCCUUCUGCUUUCUAUAUCAAACUAGUGAAGAAAGAACCUAUGAAAUCAGUGCAGAAGAUUGGGGCUAUACUCUUCCUCUUGAGUGGCAUACUUGUGAUGACUGGAAGUAUGACCUUGAUUAUUAUAGAUUGGAUCCAUAAUUAUGCAUCUGAUGGACAUUAGCUCUUAUGAUUUAAUCUCAGAUACUCCUGUAUUCACUCAAAUAUCUACUGAGAAAGAAAAUCACCUACGUUUGCAAUUUUGCUUCCUUUAAAAUGCAGAUUCUUUGAUGCUGGUUUUUUCUGACUGUAGAAUAAGUGAACUCUUGAAAAGAAACUAUUCUGCAUGAUGGAAAUGAGUAUUAACAUCAAACCACCCGAGUCUCUGGCUGAGGGAAGUGACAAUUUUAUUCCAUUCCAGAGAAUGGACGAACUCUCUGUAGAAUUUUAUCAAGCCAUGUUUGGCUUUCAUCAUUGUUACUUGGGUAUUUUAUUAUUUUACUUGAAUGUGCCUAAUGGAACCAUUUGAUGUGAAAAGUAACUCUUAAUUAACAGCAAAGUGUUUAUAUAACCAAUGAGAGAGGGAAAAAAUUAUUAUUUUAUGUACCAAAAAUUCUUAUGGACCUCAAAAGCACAUUUUUUACUUUUAAGAAUCACAUUUUUAAAUGAAAAAAAAUGUAUCCCAGUAACAUGGAACCUGUACAAACAUUUAAUCAGUGUUCUAAAUUUAAUAGUUUCCCCUUUUUAUAGAGGAAUAAUUAGAAGGGGGAGUAUUUGGCCAUCAGAAAUAUUUUUUUAAACAAAUUAUACUGUUUCUUUCAAACAAUCUGAGAAGGUUAAAACUCUAACUAAAAAGAAAUUGUUUUUAGUGCAACUCAGUUACUCCAAAAUUUAAUUAAACAAGUCAUUGUUGAGAUUCCAAGUCACUGUACCUAAGCAACUAGAAAAAUUACAGUUUUAAAAAUGUUGAUCUGACUCAAAUUUUAAUGCCUUUAACAUUGUCAGGUCAUCAAAAUGGAUGACUGAAACCUUUUUAUAUAGUGAAGAGUUUGUAAAGAUCUUAGUAUUUCUUGAGAUUCUCACUAGUGCAGUUGGGUAAAACAGGGUGGUUUUUGGUUAUUCAGUUGCAACUGUCUACCAAAUCACGUUGGCUACGUCUAGACUGGCAUGACUUUCCGCAAAUGCUUUUAACGGAAAAGUUUUCCGUUAAAAGCAUUUGCGGAAAAGAGCAUCUAGAUUGGCACAGAUGCUUUUCCGCAAAAGCACUUUUUGUGGAAAAGCCUCCGUGCCAAUCUAGACGUGCUUUUUUGCGCAAAACAAAUCUGAGCUGUCUACACUGGCCCUUUUGCGCAAAAGCUUUGGCAAAAGGACUUUUGCCCAAACUGGAGCAGCAUAGUAUUUCCACAAGAAGCACUGAUUUCAGACUAGGAAGUCAGUGUUCUUGCGGAAAUUCAAGCGGCCAGUGUAGACAGCUGACAAGUUUUUCCGGAAAAGCAGCUUCUUUUGCGGAAAAACUUGCCAGUCCUAGAUACAGCCAUUGGGUCAUGUCAUAUGAUAUUGAUACACAGAACUCUGAGAUAAAUGGAGAAUUAUGCUUAAUGAUAGCAUAUUCUCAAUUAUGUUUUGUAUUUUUGGACAGCCUUUCUUGAAUGUGCUGCAGCAUAAAAUAGAGGUCCUUCUAUAGUUUAUCAAUUGUACAGUUUUUCACAAAGUGUACAGUAUUUGUCAAUUUUUCAUUCACUGUUGAAUUUCUAAUUGAUUAUUUUUGUUCCUAUUUUGUCCAUGUUCAAAGCCUAGUAUAUAAACUACCAGUAUUUGGUGCUCACUACAAGUUCCUUUCAUAUAGGCAACUGGGAUUCCUCAUGCAGUUGAUACUGUACAGUAAUACAAAAAAAUCAACAUAUGACAUAUGUUAUAAAAUAUAACAAAAAAUAUCACGGAAUGAAUUGUCAUCUUGUUUACUUUACAAAUAGAUUUGUUUUGUUUGAGCCCUAACUUAAUAGGCUAUCAAAGCAGAUUCUGUAUGGUUGUGAUUAGCUGUUUUGUGUCUACUGCAUGUUUCUAUUUAUUCCUAUCCCAGGUUGAAGAAAAAAAAUGGUACCUGUAUAAGAGUACAUUUGACUUAUCAACAAGCUCUCAAACACUAUAAGAAUGGGUGCAGCAUACGAAUUCAGAUAGAUGUAAUAAAAGAAAGUCAUGGUACUUCAUUCAACUAUAUUUGUCUGGCAUAACGUUUUAAGAAUCUGAUCUACAAAAUUCCAUUUUAUAGUUGGGUCCUAGGGAACAAACAGUGGCAUACAAACAUUUGAUUGAAGAGCACUGAAGAUUUUGUAUAAAAAAAUCAAUUCUAGGUAACAAUCACUAUUUGGCAGGUUAAUGCCUGUUUUCUUCCAUGUUUUUUAAAUAUCUGAAAAAAUGAAAGAGAUUUUGAUAGACUACAAAUACUAGUCAUCAUAUCUGUAGCAAACAUGAUGAGAUUUCCUCAUCUUGCUUGAUUGAUUAGUCCACCUGUACUCAAAUUUCAGUUAGCUCUUUGAACUAAACACUACUUUUCUUACUGGGAAUCAGGAAGAGGAAAUGAAAUUCAGAUCAAAGGCUAAUUCCUGAUACAUGGAGAGUGAUAUGGCAGCUCUUCUUCCUCCCUCCUGUCCUUUACUGUCUCCUCCCCCCCUCCCCGCCCCCCAUACAUGGAAAUCUGGAGGAGGAAUUAAAAUAUUUUCUCCCUCCAAGAAUUUUUAGUGUAUGGAAGAUGAAGAGAUCCCUUUUUAAGCAUCAAAGGGAGAAAAAAAUUAACCUUUUCUCUUUCUGCAACUGCAAAAGAUGGAAAGAGAUCCUGCAAUCACUGUCAGAGGGGAGAUAAGUAAUGAAGGUGUUAAUACAUGUUUGCAAAUUAAUGCAGUAAUGUCUGCAUGAUAUAUUGUGAGUCAGUUCUCCAAAGCUCCGUUGAUGACUUAAGUAGCUCUUCAUCUGUUAAACUUGAGUACCACUUUUCUGGGUAGACUUCUAGCAUAUUAAUCUGUUGCAAACAUGUCAGUGGGGUCCCUAAACAACAAACCAAUGGAAAUGAGCAGUUUCAGUAUUAAACCACUGUGUUAUCACCUUGUUUUUACAUUGCUGUCUUCCAUGAUAUUUCAGUCAAACUGUAAUGUUAUUUAUAGAACAAUAAUCCAUUAACUAAACCAGUUUUUCAAUAUUUAUGAGAGUCUGUACAUAAUUGUGUGUGUGUAUACAUAAUGUAAAUAUAUUGUAUAUUACUAUAGAUUCAGUACUUUGGUAUAUGUAUAUAGUCAUCAUUAUUAAUGGUUAUUGCAUCAUUUCAAUGAGUUCAUGUUGAAUAUCUGUAACAACAUUCAAAGGAGUUUCUUCAGAAAAACGUUAUGCUUACGAAAGUGGAAAUAGUAUGUUACACUCAAGAUACAUAAGAACAAACUAACAUGAAAGGUUUUAUUUAUUACAAAUGUGUAUGUUGCAAAAAAGAGGAGUCUUUGGGGUCCAUAAAGAAGUAUAGAUCAGGUCCAGAUUUUUUUCAUGCCAUUUAACAUGGAUGUUACAAUUUUCCAAAUGCAGUGACUAACAACUUUUACAAUCUAAUGUAUCUGGAAGAGAUGUUCUAUGGUACAUCUUUGUAUAUAUUGUAUAUACCCACUGUAUUGCUAGAGGUCAACAAUUCAGCUACAGUUGUUGGCAAAGUGUGUUACACAGUUUCAAUGAAACAUUGUAUGUUUGUUUUAACUGAAUUAAAAGUAGAUAAUCCUUAGUAAA